AUGCCGCGACCUGAAUCCUAUCUCGUGGAUAUCCAAAAGGCACAAAGUGUUCCAGACAAGACUCGGUUCUGGCAGGACGUCGCAAGUGCGGCUGAGUCUGGUUGGGAUUUCUCGACGAGGUGGUUCGGAGACAAGCGAACCAUCUACACCAUAGAAACAAACAAUGUACUUCCUGUUGACCUCAACGCAUUCAUCUGCUGGAAUUAUGAACUACUGGAAUACUUUUUCGAGCGGAUAGGAAACCAAAAACUGGGAGUGUUGGAAUAUCCGGGUUGUUGUUCCACAUCGAUGAUCCGCGAUAGCGAAAGAGCAGUGGGAUUUCCCGAACGGUUUCAGUCCUUUGAAUCACAUGAUCGUCGAAGGAUUGAGGAAAAGCCAAAAUGCUCAGAUGCAAGAUGCGGCAUUCCAACUAGCUCAAAAGUGGCUCUCGGGCAACUUCAGAGUGUGGAAGGAGACGCAUCACAUGUGGGAGAAGGUCAGUAA